CAAUCCAAACAGUAAGUCUGCCAUUUUGUUUUUUGCUUUAGAAAGGCGAAAAAACUAGCGCGGUUUUAGUCACGUUUCAGUGAAAUUAAACCAAAGAAAGAAAUCAAUUUACUGCACAUUUUCUAAUAAUUAAGAGUCGAUAACUGUGAUUCUCAUGUCUUACAACAAGUAUAAUACCCGCAACUCCGGGCGCUUCAAUACGCCCGGUCAAUUUGUGCCUGCUGGAGAGGGCGGCUACGGCGGCGCCCCGGCGCAGGCGCGCACGCUGCAGCCCGUGCAGUACAACAAAUCGGUAAGUCAGGGCAAUAGCAACCAAAACCAGAAUAAUUACUCUAACUUCCAAACUCCAGCGCCGCCGCCGCCGCCUGUCAAACCACUCAACCAGCAAAUAGAUGUGGAUAUGAAGGUGGAGCCCAACUCUGACUCCCUGGAGGACAACCGGCCGCCGUGGAUGAAGGCCAAGCUCCAGGGAGUGAAGAAGAUCUCCAACAAGGAGCGUCGCCGGCGCCAGAACGAGAACUUGCGGCGCCUGCUGUCGCCCAAGAGCGCGCUCAUGGUGCUCAACGAAAUCAUGCCGGGCGAGCAGGUCACCAACCAAUUCCACGUGGAGGCGGUCGGCGGCGCCGGCGGCAACCAGUACUUCCGCUCCAACACGUCGCAGAGCUUCUGCGCCGCGCUCACUCUGCAGGGGAACAACUACAAAGGCUACGGAGACAACAAGCUGACGGCGCGCAACGCGGCGGCCGAGCAGGCGGUGCGCGACCUCAUCCUGCGCAAGAUGACCAAGGUGCUGCUGCCCGAAGCCAACGACAGCAUCACUGAAGAAUCGACGGAGGGAGGUGAAGGCGAGGAGGAGGAGACCCUGCCAAUGAUCCAGCUGGCCUCGUUCGCGCUGCACAAGCUGUUCGCCGAGUGGGAGUACGAGGGACACAAGGUGCCGCAGCUCAGGAUUCCCAACGCUUCCGUGUCGGACACGGGGUCGGUGGCGGGGUCCGAGGGCGGCUCCAACGCGGCGCCGCGCCCGCGCGCCCUCAAGGUGAAGGUGCUGCCGGAGAACGCGGCCUCCAUGCACCCCUGCAUGCUGCUCACCUACAUGCGGCCGCAGCUCGAGUACCGCGAGCUAGGCGUGGAGGGCGACCGGCCACAGAACAUGCUGUUCACGAUGGGCGUGGACGUGGACGGCACCACGUACACGGGCAAAGCGACGAACAAGAAGGAAGCUCGCAAGCAGGCCGCGCGCGCCGCCUGCGCCGCCAUCUUCGGCGUGAACUUCGACGCGCCGGCCUAGACGCGCACACAACACACCAAAUAGUUGAGCGGAGUCUACUAUUGUUGAUAUAACUAUAGUUGUUCUACUUCACGGUGACCGCUCAGCGUUGCUUGUAGUAGUGAGUGUACCGGUAAGCUUUGACGCAUUUGUGUGCGUAACCUUAGAAAACUAAUAGUUUCACUCCGCAAAAUCAUUUAAAUAAAUAGCAACUCUUACUACGACACAAUAAAGUGCAAUUCACGUCGCACAGCGCUUUAUUACCUAGCACUAUAUUUACCUAGAAGUUGCCUCUCUUUCUUUCUAUUUAUCUUUUCUCUUAUCUUUUCUUGCGCGCGGCAACGGUCUGAAUUGGCGGUCGGGUCCCGCCGGGUACUUGAAGCUCUAAACGCCAGGCCUGGCGCAGACACUGCCACGCACACCAAUACAAUGUGUACGUGUACACUCACACAGCCAGACGGUCUUCGUGAAAUAGAACCUACCCUACCUAAAUUCGACUUUAUGUACUCUGAGAAUAGCGUUUAAACUAUCGUGAGUGAUAUCCAUUAUUUACAAAAUAUUCUAAUGACUUACGGCUAAACUCACGUGAUGCGUGCUUCCAUAAAGAAGCAGGUUUCCAGAGUACUGCCACUUUUAUAGGUUACGCCGAUGUACCUGCGCAGAAGUCUUAUUUGUGAAUGGCGCGAAAAUAUUGUAAAAAUGUAAUGGUUCGAAACUAGUCGGACAUACUCCGACUAACACGCGAGUUUAACCGUCAGAGAUUUAUAUUUUUUAACUGUCAAUCUAAACAUCAAAUUCAUUCCUAAGAUUACUAAGUGAUUGGAAAAUCGGUCCAAUGGUACAGCUCGACUAUCAGGGUACAACAAAUGGUUCGAGUUCGGACUAUAAUAAUAAUUACAGUAAUUAUUAUCCCGAAUAGCGUGGCCACUUCGGCAAACAACUGGCCACAUUAUUCGGGAUGCAGCGAAUGUUUUGUGUUUGGCGAAUUUUUAAAUAAGUUUGGCGAAUCAGCCGGCCGGCAGACGUGACGUUUUGUGAUAGCUAAUAGUCCUCUCUGGUGUAUUAGGUAUAUACCGGAAAAACAAAGAAAAAUAAUCUCGCGGUUAAAAAAACUAUAUUCGGGUACGCGGAACAAUUCCCAAAAUCACGAACCAUUUGCCGAAUCCCGAUAGUGGAGUCGUACCAUAAUAGAAUAAGAAGUAGAUAAUUAUACGCAGGAUUUUCUCGGGCUUUGCGUAGAGCCUUUUAACGUUUAAAAAAAACUGACAGAUUUUUACCGUUUAGUUUUAUUUAGUUCCGUACCAUCGUUCUAGGGUCCCGUUGGCACCAUUCCGGGUACGGGACCCCGGAAACUAAAGGUUACUUCGGAACCCUAAAAAGAUCUCUAUCAAAUCAAUUAUGGAAAGGAAUUUUAACGGAUCAUGUGUACAAAAUGCUAUUAACAAAUAGCUCUUGUAACAAAGCGUCUUGUGAAAAGAAUUAAACAAUUUUACUUUUUACUAAAA